CGGGGCGCUGCGGCCUGACCCUAUCCGCGCUGCCCUCUCCUCCUGUGGGCGGGGUCCGGGGGCGCCUAUCGUCCUAUCAGGAGGCGCGGUUCGCGGGGCGGGCGGGGCCGGGCCGGUGUAAGGUCAGCGUGGCGCUGCUGCAGGAGAGGCAGAGUCGCGAAAUGGCGGAAAGCGCGGUGAUGGAGGUGUCGUGCAGCGCUGCGGAAAGCUCCGUGAAGCCCCAAGCAGAGGAGAUGACGUCUAAGGAUUAUUACUUUGACUCGUACGCUCACUUCGGCAUCCACGAGGAGAUGCUGAAGGACGAGGUUCGGACGCUCACCUACAGGAACUCCAUGUUCCACAACAAGCAUCUCUUCAAGGACAAGGUGGUCCUGGACGUGGGCAGCGGCACAGGGAUCCUGUGCAUGUUCGCUGCUAAAGCAGGAGCCAAGAAAGUGAUUGGGAUCGAGUGUUCCAGUAUUUCUGACUACGCUGUGAAAAUCGUCAAGGCCAACAAACUGGAUCACAUCGUGUCUAUAAUCAAGGGGAAGGUGGAGGAGGUCACUCUGCCAGUGGAGAAGGUGGAUAUCAUCAUCUCCGAGUGGAUGGGAUACUGUCUGUUUUACGAGUCCAUGCUGAACACAGUCAUCUACGCCCGGGACAAGUGGCUGAAACCAGAUGGUCUGAUUUUCCCCGACAGAGCGACUCUGUACGUGACGGCCAUUGAAGACAGACAAUACAAGGAAUACAAAAUCCACUGGUGGGAGAACGUCUAUGGGUUUGACAUGUCCUGCAUUAAAGAGGUCGCAAUCAAGGAGCCGCUGGUGGACGUCGUGGACCCGAAGCAGCUGGUCUCGAGCGCCUGUCUGAUCAAGGAGGUUGAUAUCUACACAGUGAAGAUUGAAGACCUGUCCUUCUCCUCUCCUUUCUGCCUGCAAGUGAAGAGGAAUGACUACACCCACGCGCUGGUCACCUACUUCAACAUUGAGUUCACUCGCUGUCACAAGAGAACUGGCUUCUCCACCAGCCCCGAGUCUCCCUACACUCACUGGAAGCAGACUGUGUUCUACCUGGACGAUUACCUCACCGUGAAGACCGGAGAGGAGAUCCUGGGAACCAUCUCCAUGAAGCCCAACGCCAAGAACAAUCGUGAUCUUGACUUCUCCAUUGAUAUCGAUUUCAAAGGGCAGCUCUGCGAGAUUUCCAAGACCUGUGAGUACCGAAUGCGCUAGAAAACGAUUCAUCCGUCAAUCAAACAUUACCAGCGAGUCCAGCUGCAUCACCCCCCCCCCCGGGUCUCCACAGCAACGCCACCGCCUCGUCCCGUCACCACGGCAACCGCCCUGCCCACUGCUGGAAGCAGCUGUUUUUCUGUUCUGCCCUGUUUUGUUUACUUCCUGUGUUGUGAGUUUCCACGGAAAGGCAACGCUUCUCCUGACCAUACGUUUUUAUACCCGAGGUGUUAUUAUGGUCUGUAAUUCUUGUUUUUUCUGAGAUCUAUUAAAGUAAAGGAGACUGAGGCUCAAGAUUUUAGCCUGGUUUGUGGGGGAGGGGUUUGUGUUUUAAUAAAUUAAAAUGGGAUGUUUUUCAAACUGAA